AUGGGAAAUAUCAAGGAGGUAAAUGUGAUUGGAGAUCAGAAAACUAGUCAGAGCCAGAAAACACAUUUGCAAAUCAUCAGCAUACAGACAGAGGGGGCGGCGGUGGCCGGGGCUCGCAGCCCGAAGCCCGUGGCCGUUCCCCGACUUGCCUCAGGAGGGGGCGGCCCGCGGGAUGCCGCUUCCCGUCCUGCCCGCCGCCGUCCGUCCCACCUCGCUCGGCCUGGCGCCCCGGGGCUCCGCUCGGCGUCCCCCGCUCCGGCCCCCUGGCCUCCAGUCUCCCGGUCCGCCGCGGCCCAUGGCCUGAGGCCCAGGCCUUGCGGGUGGGCGCCGGCCGGGGGUCUCUGCGCCCCACACACGCGUCCCCGCGUCCUCAGCCCAGCCGCCUUCAGGGCCCUCGGCGGCGCCCGCUCCCGAGACCCCUCAGCCUCUCUCCGCCCCACGGCGGCGCACCCCGCGACGUCCCCGGGACGGGACGCCCCACUCUGCGCCACCAUCACCCCGACCCGCCGCGCCCCCACCCCCCGGGGCACUAGUGCCAACGGCAGCUCCCCCGGCCCCGGACCUACCUGCACGGCUCAACCAAGCCUAGAGUGGGGGGGGCAAGCUUCCGCCCUCCUCUGUCUCUCAUUGGCCCGUCCGAGGCAAUUCGCGAACGCCAUUGGCUGCGAGUGGACGUCCCUCAGAGCUGUGGGGCGGGACGGUGGGGGGGGAGAGAUGCUGGUGCCUCGGCGUCUCUGUCUCUGUAUCUCUCAUAUCUCUGUCUCGGCCCGUAGGAAAGGAGAGGCUUGAGCUAGACGGAACUGGACAGGGGCCUAGUGGGAGAAAUAAAAAUAGGAAACCCUACAGUGCUUCACAGCAGUCCACCACUCAACCCCUGGCCUCAGUCCCUCAGGUCCUCUUUUCUGUCACCCCCAACCCCUGCCCUCACCCUUCCAGGUUCUUCGUCCAGGAAGCGAUGUGAUGAAAACCGGGCCCAGAAGGCCAUAGGGAGAGAGAUUUUGUAUAUGUACAUUAAAUAUACACACAUAAUUGUUUAUUUAUGAAGUCAAUCAGAUUUGAGGUCAUGAGGGCCUGGAAAGGCCACACAUCUCACAGACCAGGAAGGAAUUGAGAGAGAGCUGAUAGUCAAAAAAUCACUCUCAGAGGUGGUGACAGUGGUUACCUCCUGGGAUGAAAUGGGUUGCCCAGCAGACCAAGGGAGAGAAAGACAUAAUCUCAGCCAUAUCCUUUGUAGAUAACUGAUUAUCCGUUCCAUUCAUAAACAUUCCAACUGAAAAAAAAAUAUUAAUUAGCCAAGCGUGAUGACCUAAGCCUGUGAUUCUAGCACAAGAGACCAAGGUAGAAGAGGAAUAAGUUCAAGAGCCAGCCUGGGCUAACCAACUUCAAAUACUAGCAGAAAGUGAAUGUGUCCCGAGGAAUUCCAUAACACAGAAGAGAGUAAACGAUCCGCAGAUGAGCUAACCGACAGGCUAAAGGACUGACUUUCUCAAAUCGUAAAAAAAAGAAAAGUGCAACUAAAAUUAAGAAGAAAAGUAAUGGCAAGCC